GAGUCACUUUCCCUCGCACGGCUGGCAACCUGCGCAGCUGCAGUUGCGUUUGUCCUCGAGACUCAACGUGCGCUGUCCCUAUGCAGGUUGCACUUGGACCGGCCAUGAGGGCGAUUUGGCCAGCCAUCAACUGCAGUGCGAGGAGGUGCGCCGCAUCCGCCGCGCCGUGGAGCUCCGCCGCAACGCGGCGCGGCGCGACCUGUGGCAUCUGCAGGUGGCGCUCUCCUGGUGUUCGGAGCAGAGCCGCAGCGAUUUGGAUAUGUCUAUAGAGCACCCCUGCGGCAAGACCGUGUCAUACAGCCACUCUCAAUGUCUUCAAUGUGGAGCUGAGUUGGACAUAGAUAGUACUGGAGCUGCAGGUGAGCUGGCUCUCGAGAACAUCACCUGGCCGGAAGCCCCGCCGGAGGGAACCUACACGGUCUAUGUGGAACUCUUCCGUGGACCAAAGGUGUCAUUCCAUCUGCUGGUCCAAUCGAAUUCCGGUGACAACGUGCGACUCUUCAGUCACAGCAGCAGUUUCUUUGAUGCCGGUCCACGGCAGGUCGCAGCGACCUUCCAAGUGACGAGCAGUGGAAUUGUCUUCAAUCCAGGCGCUUGUGGCCUGUUCCGGCGCGCAGCAUACGUGUCCAUGUUGACGAGACGACUCAACUCGGAUGUGAAGGUGUGCCGUGUGUCAUGGGUUGUGGCGGUUGUGGCGGUUGUGGCGGUUGUGGCGGUUGUGGCGGUUGUGGCGGUUGUGGCGGUUGUGGCGGUUGUGGCGGUUGUGGCUGUGGAUAUAUGGGAUAGAAAAAAACGUCUGGAAAUGAUUCUAAUAACAUCCCAGUUUUCUUCCAUCCAGAUGUUAACAUAG